UUCCACGUUUCUCUCUCUUCUCUCUCUUCUCUCUCUCUCCUCUUUGCUUUUCCGUCCCGGCAUUCUUACUUUUGCGCCUCCGAAAGCCGAAAUUGUGAUCUUCCUGCAAGGUUUAAUCCUCUUCUUAAGCUUUAGGCUUCUAGGUAUCGGGGUUUUGUCCCUAUUCUGCAAUUACAAAGUUCUGAAGUUUCGAGGAUCGCCUAAAGAAGAGUACAAUAUCAUCCUAUUGCCUGGGUUUGGCGAUUAAGGAGCUGGCACAAUCAUCUCAUCUCUCAAAAGCUGUCGUGGUUUCUGAGUCGUCGAAUCAAAAUUCGAAAUGGAUGCAAAAGGCAUUGCUUGGGUCGGGCGUUUGUACCAAAAAUUCGAAACUAUGUGCCUCGAGGUAGAAGACAUUAUAUGUCAGGACACUGUUAAAUAUGUUGAGAAUCAAGUGGAAGUAGUUGGGGCAAGUGUCAAAAGGUUCUAUUCUGAUGUCGUGCAAGAUUUACUUCCCCCAGCUGAAUUGAAUGAUGAGAAGAAAGUGGCAGUUUGUAGUUCAGCUCUUGAAAAAUAUGAAAAUGUUGUUAUAGUUAGGAAACCCGUGAGGGGUAUGAAGAUAGAGCGUUCUAAAGCUGAUGAAGAAAAGUCUACUACGAACUUAAAAGUCACUACCGACACCAAAAGAUAUAUUGUCCAUAAGCUGCCUCUUCGAGACAACCAUGCCAAUAGUCCCUUAUUGGCGUCCUCUCCAUAUUCUGCUAGCAGUGCCCAAAUUGAUGGGUAUUCCAGAAAAAAGGAUGAUGAUAAUAUACGUCAUAAGCUUGACCUAACAAAAGGGUGCGAGUCUCUAACUGAGACUACUACAACAAUCCUUGAGAAGAAAUCUGCAAAUGAGGUAUCAUCAUGCUGUGUAAUCUCGAAUAGACAAUGUGAAGCUUUGAGCGAGCUAGCAGGUAAUACGGGAACCAUGUUGUCGGUCGAGGACGCAAGGUGUGAUUCGUUAGUGCAGAGUUCGAAUGAGACUGGAAUUGAGUCGGACAACGUAUCAUCAUCGAAAUCCAUUGGGGACGAUAAAAUGGAGACAAGACCUCUAUCGUAUGGUGAUUCUUCAGCGGAGUUAGAUGGAAGAUCAGGUUCAUGGAGUCUUGAUGAAAUUGAGCAUGAGGCUACUGUCCUUGAACAUGUAACAGACGAAAUUCAACAAGCAGAUGAAAUGAAACUAGACGAAGCCUGCGUAUUGGUGAACGGAGUUGACUUUCCUUUCGAUUCGAAUGAAGAAGUCGAGCAUAGAACUUACAAGAAGAAGAUAGCUGGAGCAUUCUCCUUCACAAAGAAGUCAAAGAGGAAGCAAGAAUACAAAGAGCUAGCGUUGAAGCAUGGUUAUGGCUCCGGUAAGUUCCUGAACGAACAACAUGAACAGAAACUACUAACUGAAGAUGUUUCAGAACACGAUUGGCAGCUUCUCUAAGCUUGGAAUCUGCAAGAACAGAUUCCAUGGUUGUUAAAGCACUUGAAUGAACCUCAUGUAUAAAAAAUAACCCCCCAGUGUGAGAAAUCUGCAAAAACAAAUAUCAGAAUCUCAGUGUGCAGAAGCAUUAUAUAUUUCAUUAUAUGAAAGUGGCAAGAACCAGUUAUUGUACCA